AUGGUCUGGAAAUUGGUGGCAUUGGCCGUGUGCCUGUUAGUGGCCAAAGUGCAAGCCAUUGAAGGGAAUCCGACCUUCGGCGUCAAGCUAUGCGGUCGUGAGUUCAUCCGCGCCGUCAUCUUCACCUGUGGCGGUUCGCGCUGGAGGAGGACAGUGAUGGGUCCAGAUGACCCUUCUGAAGAUCCCUUCUUCUUCCAUACAGACGAGGUCCCGAACAACUGGAGCCUGGAUUCAGUCUUGGGACUCCCUGAAGCGGAAGCCUUCGGCUGGAGCAAGGAGGCAGAUGAACGGGCCGUGUUUGCCCGACCUGUUCGCACGCCCAUCACGGAGGAGGUGCUGGAGGCAUUGCGUACAUCCCGGAAGAGCCGCGAUGUAGUGAUGGGGCUCUCCAACGCCUGCUGCAAAUGGGGCUGCAGCAAGAGUGAGAUAAGCUCCCUGUGCUGA